AUGUUUAGCCGGCAGCUUAUAGAGAUAGAUUUUUUACACCGUAAAGUGGAGCUAGUACACAAUGACAGUAUAGCAAAUAGAGAAGACAUAGCUAGAAUGAUCUCAGAACUCACUCUCAAGAUGAAAGAAGCAGUAUCAACAAGGGAGGUAAAUCAGUUUCUGGUAGGGGAGAGAACUAAGUUACAGAACGAGAAAUCUCACCUGGAGAAAGAGCUUGAGAUUGAGAGAAAAAACAACGAUGAGAGAAAGGUUGAGAUUCAAGAUGUCAUUAGGAAAAUUGAGAGAACAGAAACUACUCAAAAAUCAACGGAAAAAGAUUCAAGGAACAAAGACAACGCAAUAUUAACUCUAGAAUCUGAUUUACGAAAUACAAAACAUAACUUGGCAGGGAUGGAAUCUGAAGUAACUCUGUUAAGAAAUAAAGUGGAUAAAUUAAAUGAAGACUUGAAAAAUUUAACGGGUAUUAAUGGGUCUCUAGAGAAGCGUCUUGAAAUAGAAAAGAAUUCCCUAGCAGAGGAGAAAAAUUCAGUCUCUAAAUGGAUGGAAGAUUAUAAAAUAUUGUCACAUGACUUUGAAGUUUUACAGCACGAUCAUACAGUACUAUGUGAUAAAUACCAGUCUGAGCUAGAAGUUGUCGACAAGCUAAAAAGGGAACUGGAAGAUAGAGAGGAGGAGUUAUCUACCAUGAAGAAUGAACUUAGUAACACCAAGGUCGAGUUAGAUAGUAAUAAAGGUCAGCUACUCAUUACCAAGGAUACAGUACAGAAACUUACACAAGAUGAAGGAACCAUUUAUCAAGGUAAACAGUAUCCUCAUUGUAUUAGUGUGUAG